CCUCGGUUUGCUUAUUCCAUACUGGCGGUGAUUAUGGCGAUCUUCUGCUUGUCUUCAGUUGUCUUAAACACAACAGUGAUCUGGGUAACGAUUCGUCAUAGGCAGCUGAGACAGCCAAUUAACUAUGCCCUGGUGAACCUGGCGGUGGCUGACCUUGGUGUAACUGUGUCGGGUGGACUCUUAACAGCCAUAACUAAUUCCAUGGGUUACUUCAGUCUUGGCAGGGCUGGAUGUGUGAUUGAGGGAUUUUCUGUAGCAUUCUUCGGCAUUGUAGCUCUUUGUACAGUGGCUGUGAUAGCAGUUGAUCGCUUUGUCAUUGUAUGCAAACCCCUCGGAAUUGUACACUUUCACCCAAAGCAUGCAGUGAUGGGAGUGGCCUUUGCUUGGAUCUGGUCUUUAAUCUGGAACAUACCACCUCUUUUUGGAUGGGGAAGCUACCAACUGGAAGGAGUGAAGACCUCCUGUGCCCCAGACUGGAAAAACCCAGACCCCCUUAACAUGUCCUACAUCAUGUGCUACUUCUGCCUCUGCUUUGCCAUCCCCUUCAUCAUAAUCAUGUUUUCCUACUUGACACUACUAUGGACUUUGCGGAAGGUAUCCGGGGCAGGCAUCGCUCAUGGUGGCACCACAGCUAAGGCAGAGGCCAAGGUUGCUCGCAUGGUUAUAGUGAUGAUAUUGGCUUUUCUAAUCUGCUGGCUUCCAUAUGCAGCAUUUUCAUUAGCAGUUGUGUUCAACUCCCAGUUCUAUAUCCAUCCUCUUGUGGCAACUGUCCCAAUGUACCUUGCGAAGACCAGCACUGUGUACAAUCCCAUUAUAUACAUUUUUAUGAACACACAGUUCCGUGACUUUGCUGUGUCAUUUUUGCUGUGUGGGAGAAAUCCAUGGGCCAUGCAGAGACAGGAUUCCGAAGUGGACACCCCCAUGAUCACUGUCAACAAGAACUCUAAGCAAGUUGCCAUUUCCUGUAUCUGA